UUGUAAACAACUUACUCUUUUAGCGCCAAGAUCGUCAUCUGUCCUGUCAAAACAACAGUUCGCUAGACUUCCUUGAUUGUGUUGUGUCGCUAUUUCGUGACGUCUCGUAUUUCUCGGGUCACUAUGCAUCACAGCGUGUUAUCUAUUGAGGAACUUAAACCUCGGACUGCCGUAUUCUCUAAAUACCGAGAUGCAAAAGAUAAAAACGCGAAAUGGCCACCACUCGUAGAUCACUGUUGUUCGCGUGCCAGUUCACGAUAGUUGUUUAUGCCCUCUUUGCAUCCGUCGCUCCGUGCUACGGUGAAAGUGAAGUUUUCCUUAAUGAUUUUCUCACACCAUACCACCACUCACAGAGACGUAGCAAGCGUUCUCUUCGCUACAUCCGAGAUUGUCAACCAGUGCAGUUUGGUAAUGUCACUCAUGAAGAAUUCCCUUCAUCAAAGGUCUUCCCCGCUGGUAAACCAUUCGUCCAAAUCAAAAAUUUCUUCUACGAGUUCGAAGAUGGCUCGAGAAAGGCCGAUGUCCAAGGGCAUGUAAGUGUGGUCGAAAACCCUUUGAACACAUUCUCUAUCCUGGAGCCUGGCGAGGUCGGUGGCUGCGGCAAAUCUGUAAGAUCGUCAGUCGCCAACAGCAGUCGACAGAAAAAGUGUCAUGUCGCCUCCAAUGCGGGGUUUUUCAAAACAAAGAAUGGGAAUUGCUUGGGGAACAUUGUCAGCAAUGGCAAGCUUGUUAUGGACGCUGAUGGAGUCCAAAAUGCGAAUUUCGGCAUUCGCAAAGAUGGUACCAUCGUAACUGGGUAUUUGUCUGAGAACACGGUACUAGACCAGGAAAACCCUUUUGUCCAGCUAGUGACUGGUGUAAUCUGGCUGGUCCGUAAUGGUGAGGUUUACGUCAAUGCCAGCAAGAAGGCUGAAUGUGAGGAUCUUCAGGAAAGUGGAAGUGUUGAUUUGUUUGUCAAUGUGUUGGCUGCCAGGACGGCAAUUGGUCAUGAUGCCCAGGGCAGGGUGGUGAUUGUCCAGGUAGACGGAAAGACACUACAAAGAGGGAUGGAUCUGUACUCAUUUGCUGAACUACUCAUCAAGUAUGGCCUGGUGAAUGCCAUCAAUCUCGAUGGAGGAGGCUCAACCACCAUGGUAGUAAACGGCUCUGUGGUCAAUUAUCCAAGUGAUAAAUGCGGGGACUUCAUAUGUGCGAGAGAGGUUUCCACCAUUGCCUGUUUCCAUGCCCCAGACUGUGAUCCACUGGACUGCAAUGGGCGUGGCACAUGUCAAAUGGGGGAGUGUGUCUGUGACCAUCCCUGGACAGGCCCUGGGUGUGACACCCAUGAGUGCAGACUAACAAAUUGCUCCAUGAAUGGGGUUUGUACCAAAGUUGGAUGCCAGUGCAAUGCGGGAUGGACUGGUGAACACUGUUUGCAAGCUUGCCCGAGUGGUACAUUUGGUGUUAACUGCGCCCAGAAGUGCUUGUGUUAUAAUGGUGGUAGCUGCGAUGUUGUGAGUGGCACCUGCACCUGUCGCCCUGGUUGGAUGGGAAGACUCUGCCAACUCUCCUGUCCACCAGGACGGUAUGGCGCACUGUGUGCAAAGUCGUGUAACUGCAGGGACACUUGCUACUGUGACUCCGUCAGCGGGCUAUGCCCUUCCCAUCAUGCAACAGGAUCGGGGCAUUUUGCAUCAAACCAGACAGAGCAAUGGAUGGCAUGCCUUGAAUCGACAAGAGAAGCCCCAUAUAAUCAGGCUAAAGAAGAAGCGGAGGAGAAAUACAGGAUCCUGUUUCCCUGGUUCAUCGUGAUGGCGUGCGUAUGUGCGCUGUGUAUUAUCGCAAUCUCUGUCCUUGUAUAUCUGGUGUGCAAAGCAAGAAAACGAGGAAAUGGAAGCCACGAGAGAUAUACUCUUACCAGUAGAGAAGAAGAACUGACAUAAACGUACCUUGACCACCCUGACAUUGUGAAAAUGGGCGUUGUACUUUUUUUUAAUAGCGUACACGAGGUCGUGGCAGUAUCCCCUGUAGCUGACUUUGUACAGUCUAGAUUCAUAAAAAAGCAAUUCACCUUGCGACAGCGGUGUAGCCAGGUUUUGCUGGGGGGGGGGGGGGGGGUGGCUUCAUACGGAAACGUUCUAUAAUAUUUGGCGAUUCUUCAAUAUGCAAAGACCUCUUUGGGACCCUAAUCCCUAGCCUGCUAGAUAGGUAGAAAUAUUGUAGAAAAAAGCAGAAUUUUGUGUGUGUUGGUUAUUAUCUUUUUAUGAAAUCGUCCAUCUAAUGGGCUUAAUCAUUCUCAAAAAUAAAAUUUGUGCAAAAAGA